CUUAACCUCACAAAAUGAACGAAAAAUUUGAAUUGCACCCUUUAAAUUUCGGAUAAAAUGAGCCAAAUUAAACACAAUGGCCAAAUUUUUAAGGCUUCGAGGAGGGCGACUUUACUCUAAACUCUUUUAUAUCAGCUCUUUUGGCUUGGGUUUAUUAUUAAUUUUAUAUAUAUUCGAGGCAAUUUUUCACCUCUUCGCUUCUCCUCUCGAGCCCUGCACAAAAAAUGAACCUAUCGAUGUCGUAUACACAUGGGUCAAUGGUUCAGAUCCUGUUUUUUUAUCGGAAUUGAAGAAAUUUUUGAGGUCGAGAAACAUAUCAGUUGAUGAGAAGUACUUAAGCCAAAGGUUUAUCGAUAAGAAUGAACUACUCUUCUCACUUAGAUCCUUGGAAAAGUUUGCACCGUGGAUCAACCACGUUUACAUAGUAACUAACGGACAAAUUCCAUACUGGUUGAAUUUAGAUUGUGAUAAAUUAACAUUAGUUACUCACCAGGAGAUAUUUCUUGAUAAAAGCGAUCUACCUACCUUUUCUAGUCCUGCUAUUGAAUCUCAUUUACAUCGGAUACCCGGGUUAUCCAGGAGAUUUUUGUAUUUUAACGAUGAUGUUUUUCUGGGGCAAUCGAUUUUUAUGGAAGAUUUCAUAUCACAGAAUGAAGGUUUCAAAUUGUACUUCUCUUACUCUUUGGGAAUGUGUGCCCCACAAUGUUUUUGGGCUUAUGUAGCCGAUGAUCAAUGUGACACAGCCUGCAACAAUUUCUACUGCCAAUAUGAUGGAGGUGAUUGCGAAAACGCGAAUGAUGAAAAGGAAGACAAUACAAGUUUAACAUCGAAGCACUACAGGAAUGAUGAAGUGGAAAAUGAGAAAAAUGUAUCAAAGUUUAAGUUAUCUAGGGAAUUCAACAGAACUAAAAAAAACUUCUCAGAGGUUGUCAAGGAAUACAAUAAUAAGAUGAUGGAAAAUGAAAAAAUCAAGAAGAAGAGGUACAGGAAGAGACAGAGGAAGUUGAGAAUUAUGAAGGGCAUCAGAAAUAACAGUACUACUUACAGUUUUGUGAACAGAACGAUGUUUGCUUACGGAGAUUCCUUACAAUAUUCCAACAGAUUGUUCAAUUUGAAGUACGGCUUCCUGCCAAGGUUCGUGCCGUCCCAUGCUCCGGUUUUGGUGGAUAAGGAUUUGAUCACAAAUUUUCAGAGGAAAUUCUUCAAAGAGGUGUUAGUAACGUCUAGAAACAGAUUUAGGAAUCACGACGAUUUGCAGUUCACCUUUUCGUAUUACUAUUUCAUUUAUCAUGAACGCGUAAAAUUCGAUGCUGGAGAAGUAUUUGACAUGUUCGAUACAGACAAAUCGGGGACCUGGUCGGAUAGGGAAAUAAGAACGCUCCUGACUAGGAUAUAUCAGCUACCUCUCAGCUACGCUAUUGUGGAACAUUUUGAAUUGAUGCUUUUGAACUGCUCGCAAAACGCGGUUUUCAAAGAGGUCAAAACUCCCAAGUACGAGCGAUAUUUGGAUUCCCAUCUGCCUGUGAUAUCCAAAGAAAUGAUACUCGAGUGUCCUGAACUACUGAAGAUGUUGGAAUUGUCCUUUGGUAACAAGAAAAAGUACAAAUACAAAAUCGUCAGAAACUCUGAGGGGCAAUAUAUCCAUUUUAAACAGUUGAAUUCCAACGUAACGGAUGUUGUUGGUCAAUUGGACGAAAUCAGAAGUGAACCGAGGAAAUUCGUGUGUCUCAACGAUAACUUGGAUUACGCUAAGGGUAGCGAGAACGAGUUUGUAAACUCGCUGCUUCAAGAUUUUUACCUGUCUCUUUUUCCCUUACCGAGCACCUACGAGCUGCCAAAAGAGUACAGAAACAAGUUCCUACACGUACAAGAUCUCGAAGAGUGGAAAAAUCAUCAUUUUCGAAUAAAAGUCGUGGUUUAUCUUGGAGCGUUGUUUGUUUUUUAUAUGAUAGGCUUCAAAUCGUGUAUCAGGAAGAUUUGUGUGAUAAUAAAUAGAUUCUUUUGAUGAUAAAAAA